GAGGAGGAGAUUUGAGUUGAACUUUUUCUUGUAAGAUAUCGAUUAUCUCCCGAAUCUCUCCCUAACAGUUGUGACCGUCGUCAGCGUAGUGGUCGCGAGCGUUAAGACUGGUGUGUCCCGUGCAGGAGCUUUCGUGGAUGAUGGCUGUGUGGUGAUGCGAAGGAAAAGUUUAUUCUGUGAAAAUUAGCCGACUACUGGAGGUUUUCCAUUCGCGAUAGUAUUCACGAUAGAGCUCUAAAGGACUAGAGCAUACUUGCUGGAGAACAAACAGCUUUCACUUCCCUAGCAUUCGUUGGGAGGCUUUCCAUAGUGGAAACGACCAUCUCACUACUCAUCUGUGAAGUGUAGAAGUUUUACGGAAGUGCUUUCAAACUAGCACAAACCAGAACAACUUGACCAUCCAGGUCGGGCGGAUUUGGUGUCAGCUUACAUGCGUUAUGUCAUUCAUGUAAACGAACGUUUCGGUAGGGGCGAAAGUGUUCAUCCUAACGGGAAAAGAAAUCGAUGCCCUUGUGAGUGGUGCGGUGCGUGUGUAGGUGUGGGCUCUAAUCCGUGACUAGGUGACCUGGAGCAGCAUAACCCGUACAACCUGUGCCUGAAAGCGCAAACAAAAACAACGGAAAUUCGUGUGCAGGCUCGGUACCUUGGAACGUGAUAUUCCGAAAAAAAAAAACAAUCGACACCCCUGGUAGCACCCCAAAUACUUUCCUUCAAUUGGAAGAAAUUAUUGAUCGUUCCGAUUAGUGACGACGUGAGGCGUCCCCCUAGUGUCAACCAUGCAACCCUUCUCGAACGACUACGGUGGAGGGUACGGUGGCAAUGGAUACGACCAGCAACCGCAGCAAGAAAUUCCGAUGCGUCCACAGGGUGUCGCACGGCCGAUGGUUGACCCGGAGGCCAUGGGUGAGGUAGACCCUACACUAUACCCCCAGGCGAAGGAAUCGACACACAAGAUCCGGGGCAAGUCGGACAUACUGGAGAUGGUGUUCGGAUCCGUCGACCAGGAACUGCUGCCAGUGAAGACGUUUUACUUCUUCUUCUACUCCGCCUUCGGUUCACUGUUUCCGCUGAUGGGUGUCUACUUUAAGCAGAUGGGUAUGAAUCCUGGUCAGUGUGGGUUACUGAUCGGUACGCGUCCGUUUGUGGAGUUCCUCUCGGCUCCAUUCUGGGGUAGUUACGCUGAUCGUUGUAAAAAAGGUAAAAUGCUAUUGCUGGCGUCACUUGCGGCAUGGAUUAUCUUUACACUACCGCUCGGCUUUAUUCAACCUCCGGCUACGAGCUGUAUCGAGCGAAAGAAUGCAACCGAUUUCGAGCUCCGAACACCUCAAGUACCUCGUAUUCUGAAGCGCUCCAUCGACGAGAGCAUGCUGGAAGAGAUCAGUUUCGGCAAAUAUGCCACGGAUAGUGACAGCUCCUUCACCCGGGUGGAACGCGCGGCUCGGCCAGUUGCAGCUGCGGGAGUAUCCCCGUUGGAUGUAAGCUACGCCAACAACUUCAACGAAAAGCUGCAUCGCGAUUGGGUAUCGCCGUUGUUCUCGUCGAUCGUUUAUCGUACAGCGGACAUUCAAAAAGCGUUCUUCUUGUUGCUGCUACUGGUCAUUAUUGGCGAGUUCUUUAGUGCACCAGCCAUCACACUGGCGGAUUCAGCCGUCAUCACGAUCCUCGGUGAGGAUGCCGAUCGAUACGGCCAUCAGCGUAUGUUCGGCUCUUUAGGUUGGGGAUUGGCCAUGUUCUUUGUCGGCAUAGCGUUGGACCAUUCGACAGCAUUCCCGGACCAUCCGUGCGGUCCGGAAAAGCAGGAGAAGAACUACACCAUCUGCUUUGCCACGUUCUCGGUACUGAUGGGAGCGGCCCUGAUCUCCGCCACACAGAUCCAAUUCAAAUAUGACUACUCGGAGACCCAAGAACCUGUCCAGGUGGAGAAGGUACCACAAGAACCGACGCACGAGGAACAAAUGCAGGCUCAGCUGGCGCAACAGCUGCAGUUGCCGUCGCUUGCGGCCUCCGGAACAGGGAUGGCUAGUGCAGCACCACCUCCAGCAGCUCUCGGUGCCCAGACAAAAAUGUUUGCCCAAACUACACGCGAAAUGCCGGAAUGGGUAACGGUGCUGAAGCAGUUCAAGAAUCUCAAGUGUGCCUCGUUCCUGUUCGUUGCGUGGUUCAUGGGCUUCGGUAUCGGGCUCAUCUUUACCUUCCUGUUCUGGCAUCUGCAAGACUACGGUGGUUCGCCAACACUGUUCGGUGUCGCCUCGGUCAUCAACCAUAUCUCGGAAAUCUUUGCCUACUUCUUCAGCUUCCGCCUGAUCACACAGAUCGGUCACGUGAAGGUACUCUGUCUGGGGUUGGUCGGUAACAUUCUUCGCUUCCUAUACAUCUCCUACCUGAAGAACCCGUGGUGGGUGCUGCCGUUCGAGUUUAUGCAGGGUAUCACUCAUGCUGCCGUCUGGGCUGCUUGCUGUUCGUACAUCGCGCACAAUACACCCCAACACUUACGAUCAUCUGCACAAGGAGUACUGCAAGGACUUCAUCACGGAUUGGGUAGAGGCUGUGGGGCUGUCAUUGGCGGAAUGUUCGUCACCUACUUUGGUACAACGGCCACCUUCCGUGGUUAUGGCGUGAUCUGCAUUUUGGUACUUGCCGCAUUUGUGUUCAUCAACUUCUACCGCAAAGAUGAAGGCUUCAUCUCAGAAAUUCCUACCACGGAGGAUCCUCAUCAGGUCGCAGAAGAGACGGCCCAUCUGGCUCCUCACGGUGUUCCAAGCAAUCCUAUUCCACGGGCCCUCUCCAGCACGCGACUCAACGAGAUCGGUCAGCAGAACGUUGAUAAUGGCUAUGGCACCUAUCAGACGACCGGUGGAGCUUUGGAUGUGCCUGGUGGUGCUCCAAAGAAUCCGUUCGGUGCACCGCAAGGUAACGUGUAUGGCGGAAACCAGUACUAAACAUUAAGCCACCACAAAGAUCAUUUCAAAGACAACAGAAAAGCGAGAAAAAGUUCAUUGACUGAAUCAAGCAAAUUGGUACACGCGAGUCAACGGUGGCGAAAUUGAUGUCUACAAGAGUAACACACAGGAUGUGAGUGUUACAAACAUAUGAACUAUUUCACUUAAGAUACUGAGCGACCAAAGUGUCAAACCCCUUGUACAUGAGCUCAAGCAAAACGCCAUUCAGCCAUUCCGGCCCACAUGCCGCCACCGUCGACGGCUACUUUGAUGUGAAACGUAAAGGCGUACGAUCGGUUGCAGAGACGCGCGGCACCAUAAGCCAUAAGCCUUGGUCAUGGUUGUUAGCUACUAAUUCUUAGACAUCAGUAAAAAAAACUCGUGAAAAUCCCAAUCGCAUAGAGAACACUCGUUUAAUCAACCCACCAUCUUGGAAAAGACCUUACCAAUCGAAACAGCUGUCGUUUCCUUUCGUGGAUCACUGUCCCAAGGUAUAUAAAUAUGCACUUGUCCCGCAUAUAUUGUGUACUUACUCUUACUAAUACUAGAAUUAGUAUUUCCAAGGUACUACACGCACCUUGAUCUUAAGCAAUUAUCAUUUGACGGCCACUUGCGUCAUUCGACUCGUUGUUGUUUUCGAACUCGUUUUUCGUAUAGCCUUUUCCUGUUCCUCUAGAAAGAAAUGAAAAAAAUUUGCUUGUUAUCAGGUAGAGCAUUCGAGCGACAUCAAAGUUGCAUUAAUACUAUAAUCUAUCUAUCUAUCACCGCACAUUCUAGCUGGUGCACGGUGUGUCUGUUUAAUCAUAAGUUAAGCGAGCGGGACAUAUAAACUAUCUAGAGUAAAAGAAGCGAAACAAAACGAUCGACAUCUAUUGAAGAAAUCUCGUGUAACGUAUUAAUGGUGGCAUAAUGUGCAGGAAAGCGCGUUUGAACUCUAGGGAAACUUUACAUUUAUACAACUGUUAUAAUGUCUAUUCUAGUGUAGUCUAGUGUCCUGAAGGAACACAUCGGUUCUAGAUUACGCGACAAAUAGUAUGAUAGGUAUAAUAUAGCCAUCAUGUGGAUGUGGUUGUACAACUCUCCCUCACUCUACCGUUUGUCUGUUGGUGUGUGUGUUCUGUAAGUGUGCUACCAGUGUUGGAUCCCUGUGUAACGUGUGUACGAAACGAGUGAAGCGAGUCCCAGUGACUUAAAAAUUAAAAACAAUGGUAACAAAACAUUAGUAUAUCGAACUCUAUUGAUUCCAACAAUAUCUUUCGAAAGUAUCGAAUAAUUCUUAAGUUAACCAAAAAAAACCAUUUUAUGCACACAAAAAUACAUACAGCAACGUUGAACGAAUCCAGAAGAAUCGAAAAAUGUGACGUAAAAACCAUUCCAAGGCACAACGAAUUUUGCUCUCAUUUGCAUGCCCUUUUGACCCGGUGAAGCUUGGUCCUGUUGGGUUCUCAGCUUCAUCGUUUUAGUAAACUCUUGGCUAGUUUAAGUUUCUCCACAAUGUCUCUUCAAGCAAUGUCAUAGCCGCAAGCAGCGAUGAACAAACAAACAAACAACUAAACAGAACAAUCUUAUAUAGUAUAAAGUAUAAUACGGUGGCAAUUUUUACGACGAACGUAAACAUUACACGCAAAAGCUUUAUUAUCUCUAGCGAGACAUCAGUGCGCAUAUCAGUUUCCAACCUUAUACGUGAAUGGUAUUUUUAUUGAGAGAGGUAUAUUUAAACCAGCAGCAUAUUGAAUUGCCUACGGGAUGGCACGGUAAAACGGAUGGGUUUUUGGGAUAGGAUGCAACCGGCGUACCUGUAUGAUACGAUUGGUGGGAGGGUAUGCAUUCCAUCUUGCGCUAUCUUACAGAGAAUAUUUACUAAGCGUAUUGGAGCAGAAACAAAUAUUAAAAAUAUAUAUAUACACACAAAUAUUACGAUGAAAGCAAAAGCACUUGCGGUGAGAAUGGCAGUGUAAGCGGAGCAUUCCAAGAUCAGAUAGCACACCUUAUAUAUGUUCAUUAAUUAUGGUUAACAAUAUCGACACACACACAUACAUAUGUGCGAAUUUAAUAAGUUACUGUUUUACCACCGCUACGCCAUUAGGCAGGACGGUGCCAGUAUUUAAGCUACAAAAGUAUUACAUACAAAAUUACAAGUUAUUUAUUUCAAACGAAUCGAUUCAUUCGUUCUAUUGCGAUCGUUGAUUGCUGAUGCUCUGUUGUUUACAAUCCCAUCGUAAUCCUGAUAGUUGUUUUCGUGACCUACCAACCGUAAACGAACAACCUGAGUAAAAUCUUAAAUAACACUAAUAUCGAUCUACUAACUAACACGGAUAUUAAACAAUCAAACAGAGCAACCCAUUUGCCGUUCCAACGCAUGACAUGCCCAUGAUCGAUGUACAGCACAGAAGAAGAACUGCAUGUAAGAACGACCCACAAGCACACAUACAUACAACUAUUGUAAGAAAUGCACCGCUAAAAAAAUUAUGCUGUAAAGGUAUCUCUAACUGCGUAAGCAACUCACCAUCAUGGGCAAA